UGUUGCCCCUUGCCGUUUCAGCAUUUGACAAGGUCUGUUCGAAAACAUGAGGUUCUUAUAUUGCCCGGAUUUCUCUCAUUCUCUUUCCCUCCACCGUCUCUCUCCUCCUCCUUCCGUCGCCGCACCAUUUUUGGCCAUUCCGAGCUUAAUAAGGUAUGAAGCUUCUCUCUUCUUCUCAGUUUCGAGACACAAAUUUUUCAUAUGUCCAUGCCGAUCGAUGGUGGUCAAUCCACCAUGAAUUGAUCCCACUCGGCUCGAGGUAUGCUACUGUUCUGUCCUGGCUCUUUCUCCAAGUAAUUUGCGUGUCAUGUUGGCGAUAUUAGCUCUGAUGCGUUGCGAUGAUUUGGAGAUUGGAUCUCCAAGAAGUUUCUCUUAGUAAUAACGAUUUCCUCUGUGGUUAGCCGGUACAUGAAAUUCAAAUCAGCUGCGUAGAUCAGCUUGUUUUUCUUAUUCUGUAUUUCUGAAACAUUUCAUAAAUGAUAGAAUUUAUACAGUUCUCUCAUAUAUGUCUGUCAGGCUUUUUUUUUCUUCCAAUAUUGAUAAUGAUCAUGAUACCUUUGCAUAAACAGGAACAAUUAAACUAGUGCUGUGGAUGGUUAAUUAAUCCCUAUAUCAUCUGAAUAUUUCUUACUGCAAUAACAAAUGAACAUCAUGCACCUUAUGAUAACACUUAAAAAGGAUAGAUAGCAAGUCAAUGGUUCCAAUAAGUGGUGCUAGGGGUGUUUGUCAGGUAAGAUUUCAGAAAAGAAGUGGAAGAUAACACCCAAAAGAAACCGUAAACAUCCAUUCUAAACCCUUUUCAUCUCUAGGAUCAGUGGUUACCAUGUCUGCAAUCAAAUUUGCAUUGCCUCAAGGUCAACCUCACAGAACAAAUCAAAGCUCAGCAAACAGAAUUCCCUGCCAUUAGUUCUGCAUUGCACAAAUUCUUACACGCGAAGUGAUUUGACGAAAUCUCUGGCUUUGUGUGGCAGCAGGAGCAGCUCAUGGCCACACGGCCAACGCCGGGGUCGCGAGACGGCAGCAGCGCACGCCCACGAAGCACGAGCGGCAGACCCACCACGUCGUCGAGCGCGCGCCCGGCCAGCUCCGACCACACCUCCUGCCGACGCGCACGCGCCUCCCUCAGCCCCUCCCCGGCGUCAGAGUCGGACAAGCCGGUGCCGUCCUUCCUCCGCCCCACCGUCAGCUCGAGCCUGCGCAGCGCCUCCCCGUCGUCCUCCACCUCCAGACCGCCCUCCUCCAAGGGCCGCGCCACCACGCCCAAGGGGCUGUCCCCGGCGCACCCAGCGGCGCGCGCUCCAAGUCCGAUCGCGCCCAAGCGGUCCCCCGCGCAGCAGCCCGCGAGCUCGCAGCGGCCGAUCACGCCCAAGCGGCCCCCUGCGCAGCCGGUGAACGCGCCGCGGCCGAUCACCCCGGCCAUGGACAAGUCCAAGUCCAAGGCGUCCACGUCGCGGUGGUCCGUGGCGUCGCCGAGGCAGCUGAUGCAGAAGGCGUCCCACGCCUUCAAGGUCGGCAGGUCCCGCAGCAAGAAGAGCAAGGACCUGGCCGGCCCCGCGGCCGAGGCGGUGGCGUCCGCGAAGGAGACGUCCGGUGCUUCCGGCGAGAUCAACGCCGAGGCGGCGAGACCCCCUCCCGUGCCGGAGCAGCAGCGCCGCCCCCCUGAAAUGACUGCCGCGACACCUCUCGACGUCGUGCAAGCAGAGGUGGUCGUGGAGCCCAACGCUGCCCUACAGGUACUGCAGGAAGCGGCUUCGCGACCGGGAGAAAUUGUCAGUAAUGAAAUCAAGACAGAGGAGGAGGUGAGUCAAGAGGAGCAGGUAAUGCCAGAAGAGUCGAGAGCAGAAGCAGAGAAGGCGAAUGCCAUUGACGAGGAGAAGGUGAUGCCGGAGGAGUCCGUGGAAGCCGUGAAGGUGGAUGAGCCGGCGCCGGAAGAGAAUCCGCAAGCCGGCAACGUUGAAGGGACACAAAAGGAAGCUGAGAAGAUUACAGAGGAUGAACCUCCGCCGCCGGCCGCCGUUGUGGAAGAACCAGCGAAGGAGGCAGCAGCGCCGCUGAACGUGCAAGAUGUACCGGCGGCCAGCACGGUUCAAGAGGAAGCCGUCGUGGAGAGCAAGGCCGAGGAGAGGCCGCAAGCAGAGCCGGCGAAGCACGAAGAUGCCACGAAGCAGCCCGAAGCAUGUCUGAUCUCUGAAGAACCGAAAGAACAACCCGCCGCCACGCAGAAGCAGGCGGAAGCCGCCGAGGAGCCCAAGGUGAUCGCGGCAUCCAAGGCAUCAUCGGUGCGGGCGACGUCGCUGGAAGAAGCUCUGGAGGAAGUGGACACGGUGACCAAGGUGGGCACUUCGCGGUCAGAGCCCGUGACACCGGCGAAGGUAGCCAUCAACAAGGAGAAGGCGGCGAUCGACACGAUCUUGAGCGCUUCGGAGCCAACGACGCCGUUGAAAGGAGCCGCCAGGAAGGAAGGGGCGGCGUCGUUCAUGGGGAAGAUUCCGGAGGAGGGUCGGCUGAGUUUCAAGGGGAGCAGGGUAAAGACGGCGAUGGAGAAGCGGCCGGAGGAGGCGCAUCCCAAGAAGAAGGAGGUGUCGCGGAGCAACGACGUGCUGGAGGAGACCAAGAGCAAGCUGCUGGAGAAGAAGAAGAGCAAGGUGAAGGCGCUGGUGGGGGCGUUCGAGGUCGUCAUGGACAGCCCCCGCGCGUCCACGCCGGGCCCGGGCAGAUCGGCCCCGAGGUUCUGAUUCUGGUUCGGAGGGAAAAAGCUCCAGUGGCGACCGUGUGGAUUGAAAUUUGAAUUGUGUGGUGUUCAUGGUGCUUUGGGAUAUGAUAUGAUGCUAUGCCAUGUUCUUUUUGUUGGUUAUAUGUAUGUUGAUCACUGAUUUUUGUUGGUCACUGAAUUAAAACAGAGUUUUUAGAUGCCUUUCUGUGCCACUGCGCCGUGGGAUGCACUG